AUGCCUAGCAAUUUCCCACCAACGUUGAGGACGCAAAGACAACCUUCGACAUCAUCCACCAGCACUACGAGUUACAAGGGAGACGCACCUGGAUCCUGCGACGCGAAUCUGGAAGAGAAGCGCUCUUUAGAUAUCACCCAAAGGAUUGAGAAGAAGCUAGCCAAGUACAACGCGUCCAACAAUGUGUUUAAAAGAUGGAUCCUUGAGCUUGGUAGUUGGGCAACCAGUGCUCUAUGCAUGGGCGCGGUUGUUGGCAUCUACUUUCGUAUCAAUGGGAACCUUAUGAGCGAUAACCAGUUUGCCCUUAAUUGCGCCAACUUACUCAGCAAGGUGGCUUCUGCAGCAUUAAUUGUACCCACCUCAGAAGCACUUGGACAACUAAAGUGGAACUGGUUCCACAGCUCAAAAGCUAUAUGGGAUUUUGAGAUCUUCGACAAGGCUUCACGUGGACCAUGGGGUGCCGCCUUGCUUUUGUAUCGGACAAAAGGUCGAUCUCUAGCUGCGCUUGGUGCACUUCUUAUUGUCCUACUCUUAGCCAUCGAUACAUUUUUCCAACAAGUUGUUGAGUACCACGACCUUUGGGCUUUAGAGAGAACCACUGGCAAUAUUCCGCGCAUCACACGUUACGAACCGUUUUACAGGCCCACGUAUAAGAACCACGCCCAGAUGGGCACAAUAGACAAAGAGUUUGAGUCUGUCAUCGAACAGUUCUUUUGCGAAAACGGAACACAACCUACAAUCUUUGGUAACGGCACACGACCCGACAUCCCACUCUCCUGUCCUACCAGUAACUGCACUUGGCCCAUAUACGACACCCUGGCAGUAUGCAGUCGAUGUGCAGAUGUAUCCAACGUUCUCGACAUCUCAUACGCAUGUCUGUAUACCGCCAAUGACUGGACUGCUACAUGGACGGGUCCUCGUUUCGAAGUUCCAUAUCCAAACGAAACAGUCUGUGGGUACUUCUUGAACGCCACUUCAAGUUCCCCAACUCUGCUAUCCGGGUAUGUGUCGAAAAAUAAUGGAUCCAAGAAUGAGAGUGGCGAAGCUUUGUUGGUGCGAGCACUCUCGUUAACUGACUUCGAUCUUAAGACACCAUAUUAUGGGAAUGGCUCAGUCAAGUUUGAUCAGUUUCGAUACCCAAUAAUGGAUUUCCUGAUAGCCUCUGCAAAAUAUGGAGCAGAGAGCGUAUACCAGAACAAAGCACCGAUUGUCCACGAGUGUAUGCUGUCUUGGUGUGUUCAGACGAUUAAGUCGUCGUAUGCUUGGGGGACAUACGAGGAGAAUGUAUUGUCUGAAUAUCUCGAGACUGUUACUGAACCGGAUCCAUGGCCAUGGCGCGCAUCAACUGUUUACGAAGGAACGGAAGUUACCGGAACCUCGCUUGAGUACAACGCCUAUAUUGCUCUGCAGCCUCACGUGUCAGACGCAGGGUCUUCCCGUUCCGACAUUACCUAUGGCGCCAACAAUGAGACGGUAAUGUAUAUACUGAACCUCUUCGACGACUUUUUCCCUUCUUUCUAUACCACAGAGGCAGCGUCUGCAACGCCCUUGCUCCGCUAUAAGAACUACUACAAUGGGCCUUCGACGCAGAUCUUGGACUACAAUCCAUGGCAGGCCCCCAAUGACAUCAAUCGUCAUAUGGAACGACUAGCGAUAUCUAUGACGAAUCUCCUCCGCUCUUCAGUCAGCAAAAAAAUGGUAGAAGGAAGCGCCUACAGCAGGAAGAGUUUCAUUCACAUCAGCUGGGCAUGGCUCACUUUUCCCUUUGUCCUGCUUCUGCUCAGUCUUGCCUUUUUGGUAUCUACGAUCAUUGAGACAACAAAGGACACUGAGACAGGGGUCUGGAAGACAUCAGCUAUGCCGACGCUGAUAUAUGGUUUGCCUGAAGAGACGCGGGGCAAGUUCACUGCUCAGGAAAAGUGGGAUAGCUCGCUUGGAGACACAAAGGAGGUGCGGAUCAAGCUGUUGCCGAACCUAGGGUGGAGAGUCUCAGGACAGGGUACUCCAAAGGCUCCGCUGUUGCCCGUAAGAAUGAAUCAACCGCCACCUGGAUGGCUGUGA